AUCCUUUCGAGGUUCGAAUCACAGCAUCAUCGCCGCCGUCCUCGUCCGUGAUGACCGCCCGCCCUCCUCCGCCACGAUGCGCGCCUUCUCCCCCGCCGACGGCUUCCUCGACGUGAAGGAAGGAGUGGACGAGAUGAUAAAGUAUCUGGCCAAUGAGCCCUCGCUGGGGUUGUUCUUCGUCCAGCAGCAUGCCCAUGCUUCCAUGCCUCUUCUCCUCGAUGUUAGGGAUAAGGUUGUAGAAGAGGUCCAUGAAGUAACCCUGCAUACUGAAGACAUAGAGGAUUCAAUUUCUGUAGUGCAGUCGAUGUCAGAAUACGGACUUCCAAUUGUUGACGAGAUGAUUAAGGACAUAAAUAAAUCUCUUCUUAUCAUGUCAACUACCCAACCAAAGAGAGGGUUAAUCCUCAACCCUAGCCCUAGUUGGGGUUUUCAAUCAAGUAGAAGCAGCCGAGGAGUAGAAGAAUCCCCCAUGCAAAGUGGUCAGAAAGGCGGAGGAAGCGGCCGUGGUUAUCUAUCAGCGAUCCUCGACUCGGCGAAGCAGAAAGCGUCCAGCCUAAGAUGGUCUCAGCCAGGCCCAGUCCUGAGAAGGAACACCAGCGAGAACUCUCUGUCAUCUGUAGAUCCGCAGCCUUCAGAGCUUGGUUUUUUCGGUCCUAUUUCAACUCCACCGGAGGCCAGAGGAGAUGAGCUGCCUGUGUCGAGCCAUCUGGAAUCAGAUGCUGUUGCCGGGAAUUCUUACAGAGAUGAUGCGUCGGCAGCAUUCGAAAAUUAUGACAAGUUUAGAUCAGAACAGGAACUUAAACUGAAAGAAUGGCUUCAACAACCUGAAAGAUCACAGUAUGCACACAAUAAAUGGUGAGUGAAAUUUAUCCAAAAGCGCAUUCGUAACUUAGUUCAUGUUAGUUAUAAUAUGUACAAGAUACUUUUUCUGAUUAGUUCUUGUUAUGUCUGAUGAUCUGAAUUUGUGUUUACUCUAUGGAAAGAAAAUGUGUAUCAACUUUGCUAUGAUCUUUUGUAGUUUGUUAGUGACAAAGAGUAAAUACCAACAUAGUUAUCAUUUAUUAGCAAUGCUAA